AUGGACACUGCAAACGUUUUCCAUCGUCACAUCAAGAUGGAAAACGUCCUCAUUGACACCAGCUCCGAUUUCCCUCGUGUCUGUAUCAUCGAUCUUGGAAAUGGCGGCUUUGGAACCACUUUGGUGCACAAGAAUUUCCUUGGAACCAUUGACUUGGCUCCUCCAGAAGUUGCUGCAUGUGGGGAGUACAAGGCCAACCCCACCACAGUUUGGCAGCUCGGCACUCUGCUCUUCGAAAUUCUGCAUUGCGCUCCAUUCGAACCGGAGGAGUUCUUCCUCAGGCGGGAAAUCGACGCAAGGCUCUCUCAUACCUGCCAAGAUCUGCUGAGCGCAUGCCUGACAAGAAACCCUGACGCCUGUGCCACUCUGUCCCAGCUUCAACAGCACCCUUGGUUCCACUGAGGCAGCACGGAAGACUACUGAUCAGCCUAUUUUAUU